AUGACUGACGUUCGAGUCAGUCUGCCCGAGGCUUCCGAAACGAGCGAGCUCCUUGUUCUUGCAAUUGAUCUAACCCCAGUAUGGUGGGGUACCUACGCUCCCGAAGGAUUUCUCCUACCGAACUUUAUUGAGGCGGUUCUUGCCUUUGUCAAUGUUCAUCUGAUGCUGUCUCCACUAAACGAAACAGCCAUAAUCGGCGUGACGCCAGAAAAAACGGAGUUUUUGUGGCCUUCAAAGAUGAUAAAAAAGGCCGAAGACCGAUCCACCUAUGAUGGCCAGUACGAAGCCCUCGGAAUACUUGGCGAGACAGUCAGGCAAAAGGCCUACGACUUAGUGUCAUCUUGUGAGUCCUUGAAUUGCACGGUGGCCUUUUCUGGAGCCAUUAUCAAGGCGUUGUGCUACUUUAUGCGUCGUUGUCGAGAACUCCGGCCCACUGUUGCUCUGCCGACCAACAUUUCCUCGGAUGCCGCCCCAACUUUUGAAGAUGAACUCAGUGGCCUCCUGAGGGGCAGUCUCAGAGCCCGUAUUUUAGUUAUUAGAGCCGCAGAAGACGCAGCCUCACAGUACUUGCCUCUGAUGAAUUCAGUUUUCACCGCCCAAAAACUCCGUGUUCCCAUCGACGCCUGUAUUAUUCCACCGACCACCGUCAGUUCGACCCCGGAAGACCUCCGUCACACCUCUGUGCUGCCCGACUUUAACUACUCCAGUCUCUUCCAGCAGGCCGCUGACCUCACGGGGGGCAUUUACCUACGGGUGCCCCGUCCUGCUGGUCUGCUGCAGUACCUCAUCUCGGUAUUCUUGCCGAGGGUUAAUAUGCGUUCCACGCUCAUCCUGCCAGACUCCAGGAACAGUGGACCCUCGCUUGGUGUGGAUUUCCGGGCUGCCUGUUUCUGUCAUCGCCAACUGGUGGAUUUGGCCUAUGUCCAGCACCCAAAACCAGUAGAUCCUAACUUCUUAAAUGAAUUUCAGCCUUUUGCCGAUAAAAUGGACCAGAAGCGCAAGUUGCCGACCAAUGAGUCCGUCAAUUCCAAGGCCUGGAAAAUGAUGAGAGUCAUGGGCUACGAACACGGAAAAGGUCUUGGCGCUGACUCUCAAGGUCGCACUGAGGCUGUACCCGUUGAGAUGAAGAAGGACAGGCGUGGUUUGGGCAUGAGCAAAUCGAAUGCGGCUCGAGACUCAACGAUGCCAAAAUUUGACUUUCAUAAUGGCCCCCACGCCUGGAACGCAGAAAUGGAAGUGCCUACAGUCGACGAUGACCACAUGUAUGUGUGGUCGCGUUGGGACGAUCCGUCUUAUAACGGCGUGGCGGACACUAUGCAAGCAACCACCCCUAAAGGGCAGGUACCGACAGCAAAUGCCGAGCAGGCUGCUUCAGCGCUGGAGUCAUUUCAGCACCUCCUUCUGAGUCCGAAUUCGUCUGAGGCCCUUGGUGAGCCCGUUACCGAGAUGCGAGACCAAACGCUUUACUGUUCCAAGCAUCUCGUGCAUGAACUUUUUGACUACAAGGAUGAGCUGGACUCCAUUUCGCGUGAUCAGUUGCUCGCCGCUCGCAUGCGUUCAAACCCCUUCGAGGACAUACGGAAGGGAAUAUUCAUGAACAGGUUAUCCAACAUUUCUGCUUUUUUGUUUCCUGCCGCACGACGCAUAUCUUCGGGCCUGUUUUUUCUCAUAUCGUUUUUAAUGUUCCCUGCUUUACGCUACAAGAAAACAGUCCAAUGCAACGAAAGGGGCUAG